AUGGCCGGCAGCGACGACGCCGCGAGCCCGGUCAUCUGCAAAGAGUGCGCCGAGACGCAGAGUCAUGCCGUCGUCUACUGCUCGACGCGCUGCGCCGCCGCGCAUUUCCGCCAGCACAGAGAGACUGUCCACGUGCCGGGGCGUCGGCGGGACUCGAGCAAGUCGGUCGAGCAUGACACCAAGGACUUGGUGUUCGAGGACGACGACAGGUCCAAGUAUCACGCCGAAGACAUUACCAAGUUUGUCUGGACCCUCAACGACGCAGUAGAGCGCUUCUUCAAGGGGAAGAACCCCGACGUCAAAAUCUUGUCCAUUGACUAG